AUGGCUUCCUCAAGCAAAUAUGAUGUUUUUAUUAGUUGCAGGGGAGAGGAUACACAUGAUAGCUUUACCAGCCAUCUUUACGAUGCAUUGAGUAGGAGAAAGAUUCAUACAUUCAUUGAUGAUAGGCUUGAGAGAGGUGAUGAAAUUUCUCCAGCUCUUUGGAAAGCAAUCAAGGAUUCAGAGAUUUCAGUAAUAAUUUUUUCCGAAAACUAUGCGUCUUCCACUUGGUGCUUGGAUGAGCUUGUUCACAUACUUGAGUGCAAGAAAAAACAUGGACAAAUUGUGAUACUUGUUUUUUAUCGCGUAGAUCCAUCCGAUGUAAGGAAAGAGGAGGGUAAUUAUGAAGCUGCAUUUGCCAAGCUUGAAAAACGUUUCGGUUUUGAGAACAAGAUGGACAAGGUGCAUCAAUGGAAGGCUACUUUGGAACAAGCAGCCAAUAUGUUUGGCUGGAAUUCACUGGUCAACAUAUUGCGUCGAACAAAGGUCUUUAUUGUUCUUGAUGAUGUGAAUCAUUUUAAGCAGUUAGAUACUUUAGUUGGGGAUGCUUUUAAAGAAAAAUCUUCCAUAUCAGAUGAUUACUCUACACUGUCAAAAAGGGUGAUAUGUUAUGCACAAGGCGUUCCAUUAGCUCUUACAGUUUUGGGUUCCUUCCUUUAUUCUAAGAGUAAUGAAGAAUGGGAAAGUACAUUGGAAAAACUAAAAGAACUCCCAGGAACUGCAAUAGUUGAAGGCAUAUUCUUACAUAAUUGUGAGACUAUAGAAGUAAACUUGAGCCCUGAAGUCUUCUCAAAUAUGUGUAGUAUGAGGUUGCUUAAAAUUUAUGGAAUUGAUAAGAAAAAUAAAUGCAAUCUCAAGUUUCCUCAAGAUGUUCAAUAUCUUCCUGAUGCCCUUGCAUCUAUUGGAAUGGAUGCUCUUUAA